ACCUAAAAAUUUUGUUUAUAUUUAUAUUUAUGUUUUGUUUGAUAUUUACCGACAACAGUCAAAAAGCUGAAGAUUUUAAUAAAUAUCUGGCCUGUGAAUUAAAGUGUUAUUUUGAUAGUUUAAUACAUAAGAAGUGUUCUUAUUUUAUUACUAUAAUAUUCAUCAAACAUCAUUAAUGUUGCUGCAGAAAGACCGACUUGAUGAAUCUUUCAACUCCUUCAUUGAAGAAAAUAAAAGAUAUAGACUUCUAUUGAUGAUGACAUCAAUGCUAUUAACAAUAAUGGUGGUGUUAGUUUAUUGUUUUGACGUUGUGCUACCGAUCACCACUGAAGAUCCCAUUCAAAUGUUGUAUAUCGAAAAUGAUAAACCUUCCACAUUUAAAACCAGUCCAUAUUUUCUAAGUGUAGCUUUGGAUGAUGUCGUUAUAGCAGAUGGGUUUAAAGAUUUUGAUAUGAACAAUGAAAAACUUACAGCAAUGAUAAGAUACCUAUCUCCAGGAUACUUCAGAAUAGGAGGAAAUUUAGCAGAUAGGUUAAUAUUCUCUUUAAAAAAUAAGACAGAUAUAGAUAUUGAAAACGUAGAUCAAUUAUAUGAUAGCAGCAACUUUGGUAAUAUAGAUAUAAACUAUGCUGCACUUCCCAAUAUUACAUUAUUUGCAUCGGAUUGGUUAAAACUUAACAAUUUGUCAAGCAACACAAACAUGUCUAUAUUUUUUGGACUUAAUGCUUUACUGAGGUUUAAAAACGGAUCCUGGGAUUAUAGAAAUGCCGAAGAGAUGAUAAAAUUUUCAGACGAAAAUGGAUUACGAGUGAACUGGGAAUUAGGCAAUGAACCAAAUUCAUUCAAACAUAAGUUCAACGAAGAAGUUAACGCUACUCAAAUGGCUAAAGAUUUUAAACAAUUACGAAGCAUAUUAAAUAAAUAUAAUAAUUUCAAAAAAUCUCUUCUAGUAGGACCAGAUGUUACAAGACCAGAAGAGGAACAUAAAGAAAGCCAAAUAUUUUUAAAAGAAUUUGUUGCAUCUGCCAAGGAUGUUGUAGAUAAGGUAACUUGGCAUCAGUAUUAUUUAAACGGGCGAACAGCAGAACCAAAGGAUUUCGUAGAUCCCACAGUUUUGGAUUUACUAAAAUAUCAAAUAACGAGAGUAAAAGAACUAACGAACUUGAGUGGAAGGUCUAUAUGGCUGGGAGAAACUUCUUCGGCCUAUGGAGGUGGAGCUCCUAAUAUGUCUGAUAGAUUUAUCAGUUCGUUUAUGUGGUUGGACAAACUUGGGCUUGCGGCUAAAAUGGGGGUAGAGGUAGUAAUGAGACAAUCUAUAUUUCAUGGAAAUUAUUCUCUUUUAGAUGAAAACUAUGAUCCAAAUCCAGAUUGGUGGAUUAGUUUCAUGUACAAAAAUUUAGUUGGAAGAAAUGUUGUACCAUAUCAAAGCAAAACGAAUAAGUUAGUCCGUUUAUAUGUACAUUGUCUACAAGAUGCAAUCUUACCAUCUGUAGUAAUAUUUGGAGUUAACCUUGGCAGUAAAACAGCUAAAAUUGGAAUUGAAGGAUUGGAUCCAGGUAAUAUGCCAUUGAUUUUGAUGGGGUUUGAAUUUCAGUCAAAAGAUUGGUUUACAAAAGACAUUUAUCUAAAUGGAGUUCUCAUGAAGCUAAUGCCAGGGAAUAAAAUACCUGAUAUUCUCCCACGACGAAAAUUUCUGAAGCCUUAUGUAGAAAUGCCGCCCUAUUCACUUGUGUUUUGGGUAACCACUAGAGUAAAAAUGGAAGCAUGUCUUUAGUGGAAUUAAUAUUUUAUACUUUUUCUUAUUUUUUAUAAAUAUUUAAGUACCUAAUAUUUGUGAUAAUAAUGGCCAGAAAUAUGAUAAGUUGAAAAAUAUUAGGAUGUGAUUAAUAUGUAUAAAAACCAAUUGAUAUUUUUUUAUACAUAAGUAAACAACAUAUUAAAUAAAUUCGUACGCAAAUAUUGCUAUAAUUCAUUUUUA